UAUUUUAAUUCUGUCUCUAAUAUGGAUAACAAUACCACAAAUAAUGCCUUAUUAAAAUGCAAUAGUUGUCAAAAAUUUUUAUCUUUAAAUAACUUCGUUAAAGACACUUAUCAACAUAAAACUUGCAAUACUUGUC